AUGCAGGUGUUACAAUUUUUGUUGGCGGCUUUGGUCUCCUUGGUGGUGGCCGUACAGGGUUUGCAUUUCGACAUUGCAGCAUCUACAAGCCCAGAGUUGGUUUGUAUUCGUGAUUUCGUCACCGAAGGCCAAUUGGUUGUCGUGGACAUCCACUCCGAUGGUUCUGUUGGGGAUGGGCAGAAACUGAACCUUUUCGUUCGUGAUUCUGUUGGAAACGAGUACCGCAGAAAGAGGGACUUCGCUGGUGAAGUCCGUGUUGCCUUCACCGCCCCAUCCUCCACAGCAUUUGACGUUUGUUUGGAAAACGAGGCUCAAUACCGUGGCCGUUCUUUGAGCAGGGCUAUUGAACUAGACAUCGAGAGUGGUGCCGAAGCUCGUGAUUGGAACAGGAUCAGCGCUAAUGAAAAAUUGAAGCCUAUAGAAGUCGAGCUACGUAGAGUGGAAGAAAUCACCGACGAAAUCGUUGACGAAUUGGCCUACUUGAAAAACAGAGAAGAAAGAUUAAGGGACACUAAUGAAUCCACUAACAGAAGAGUAAGAAAUUUCUCCAUCUUGGUUAUCAUUGUCUUGGCAUCGCUAGGUGCUUGGCAACUCAAUUAUUUGAAAAACUACUUCAAAACAAAACAUAUCAUCUAA